CUUCUCCUUUUCCAACCCCCUCCUCUAUGCCCUUCAACCGCUCAUUAUUUUGAACCCCUCUCGUUUGUUACUUUGUUGAUUUGAUUUGAUUUGAUCUCUCUCGGACGCACAUUUCCCGUUUGGAGGCCUUGGUUCGAUCGAAGUUUCGGUUACUAAUGAACUGUAGAAAUGACGGGAGGAGGAGAAGCAGGUGCGAGACAGCUUGAUCAAACGCCAACCUGGGCAGUUUCUCUGGUUUGCGGUGUAAUAGUUAUUAUAUCGAUAGGUCUAGAGAAAGUUCUUCAUCAUGUUGGGGAGUGGUUUGAAGAAAGAAAAAAGAAAGCUAUGCUGGAAGCACUGGAGAAGAUUAAAUCUGAGCUGAUGGUUCUAGGGUUCAUUUCCCUUCUGCUGACAUUUGGGCAAAACUUCAUUUCUAGCAUCUGUAUUCCUGAAAAAUCUGCAGAUACAAUGUUGCCAUGCCCAGUUCGAACACGAGGUGCCCCCCAAUUCGGAACUGAGCACGCCUCUCCCGAUUUAAAGGAUGAACCGGAAGCAGAGCCUGCGACUCACCACAGAAGGCUAUUGUUCUCUCAGCAUAGACUUUUAUCUGGUGGAGAAGACCAUUCAAAAGGAUGUAAGCUGGGAUUUGUGCCUCUCAUAUCUGAGGGUGGGCUACAUCAACUGCAUAUCUUCAUAUUCUUCUUGGCUGUCUUUCAUGUCAUAUAUAGUGCUAUAACAAUGACUCUUGGAAGAUUGAAGAUACGCUUGUGGAAGGAAUGGGAACGAGAAACUGAACAGCAGACUGAAGUGAAUGAUCCUACAAAAUUCCGGCUUACUCAUGAGACAUCAUUUGUCAAGGGACACACAAACUUCAUGACCCAGACACCUUUCCUCUUUUAUGUUGACUGUUUCGUUCGUCAAUUCUUUAGAUCAGUUCGUAAAGCUGACUACCUGUCCAUGCGACAAGGAUUUAUCUCUGUUCAUUUAGCACCUGGAAGUAAGUUUGACUUCCAAAAAUAUAUUAAAAGAUCCUUAGAAGAUGAUUUCAAAGUAGUUGUCGGAAUCAGUCCACUGUUAUGGGCUUCUGCAGUAUUAUUUCUCUUUGUCAAUGUAGAUGGAUGGGAGGGUAUGUUUUGGUUGUCCAUGAUGCCUCUAAUUGUUACCUUAUCUGUUGGAACAAAGCUACAAUCAAUCAUAGCUCAGAUGGCCAUAGAAAUACAAGAAAAACAUGCUGUCGUUCAGGGCAUACCACUUGUGCAAGUAUCAGAUAGACACUUUUGGUUUAGUAAACCAAAAUUAGUUCUCACUCUCAUACAUCUUACCCUCUUUCAGAAUGCAUUCGAGAUAACUUACUUCUUCUGGAUUUGGUAUGAAUUUGGGCUGCGGUCUUGUUUCCACAAGAACUUUACCCUGACCAUAACCAGAGUGGUUCUUGGGGUAGCAGUUCAAUUCUUGUGCAGUUACAUAACACUUCCACUAUAUGCACUAGUAACUCAGAUGGGAUCGACGAUGAAGAGGUCGAUCUUCGACGAACAAACAUCCAAGGCACUAAUGAAUUGGCACAAAAACGCGAUGAUGAAGAAGAAUCAAGUAAAACCAGCUACUGGAAACACAACUGCCACCCGCACUUUAGGUGGAAGCCCGGGUGACUCACCACCAGAGGGGUCUCCAAGAUUGAGGACUACAUCGGGUCAGGGUCAUGAGAGUGCAAGUGGUCGACAGAGUGCAAGUGAAUUUGAAAACAUAGAUAUUAGUGAUAAGGAGGAGGUUGGGCAUGGACAACGUGACCUACUAACAGGCUCUUGAAUGUGUAACGUUACAUUAAUAUUAGUUUUAGAUUUUUGUUUUUUCUUUUAGGCCUUGUAAACUUUGCUUCUCAUUUUACAACCUGUCUGCAAAGAAACCGUGACUCA